AUGGAGGCGUGUAAGGCCUACGCAGAACAAACAAAGCGUUGGAUUGUGCUGCCACUGCACAGUGCUCUGCCCUCAUUUAGUCAGGAAAAGAUCUUUCAUACUCCCCCCGACGGAGUGCGAAAGUGCGUUUUGGCCACCAAUAUCGCUGAAACUUCGGUCACUAUCGAUGGAAUAAGAUUUGUGGCUGACUCGGGUCGUGUCAAGGAACUAACGUGGGACGCUAUGACGCGAAUGCGUCGACUUAAGGAGACGGCCAUCUCAAAGGCAAGCGCUGACCAGCGCAAGGGCAGGGCGGGACGCACCGGACCCGGCGUCUGCUUUAGAUUCUUUAAGGAGGAGGAAUACAAUGAGUUUCAGCCCUUUACCACACCGGAGAUUAAAAGAGUGCCUCUCGAUCUGUUGGCGCUUCAAAUGAUGGCAAUGGGACUGCCCGACAUAAAGCGGUUUCCUUUCAUCGAGCCUCCAGAGACAAGAUCAUUGGAUGAAGCCCUUGAGACCCUCAUUGUGAGUGUUUCUCUUUCAUUCGUGUGGGCCAUUCAGAUGUCAUGUUUGGCCUGCAGAAUUCACUUCUGA